AUGGCGUGGAUUAAAAGAAAAUUUGGUGAGCGGCCUCCACCGAAACGACUCACUAGGGAAGCAAUGCGGAAUUAUUUAAAAGAGCGAGGGGAUCAAACAGUACUUAUUCUUCACGCAAAAGUUGCACAGAAGUCAUAUGGAAAUGAAAAAAGGUUUUUUUGCCCGCCUCCUUGUGUGUAUCUUAUGGGCAGUGGAUGGAAGAAAAAAAAAGAACAAAUGGAACGGGAUGGUUGUUCUGAACAAGAAUCUCAACCAUGUGCAUUUAUUGGAAUAGGAAACAGUGACCAAGAAAUGCAACAGCUGAACUUGGAAGGAAAGAACUAUUGCACAGCCAAAACAUUGUACAUAUCUGAUUCGGACAAGAGAAAGCAUUUCAUGUUGUCUGUAAAGAUGUUCUAUGGCAACAGUGAUGACAUUGGUGUAUUCCUCAGCAAGCGGAUAAAAGUCAUCUCCAAACCUUCCAAAAAGAAGCAGUCAUUGAAAAAUGCUGACUUAUGCAUCGCCUCAGGAACAAAGGUGGCUCUGUUUAAUCGACUUCGAUCCCAGACCGUUAGUACCAGAUAUUUGCAUGUAGAAGGAGGUAAUUUCCAUGCCAGUUCUCAGCAGUGGGGAGCAUUUUACAUUCAUCUCUUGGAUGAUGAUGAGUCCGAAGGAGAAGAAUUCACAGUUCGGGAUGGCUACAUCCAUUAUGGACAAACAGUCAAACUUGUGUGUUCCGUUACUGGCAUGGCACUCCCAAGAUUGAUAAUCAGAAAAGUUGACAAGCAGACCGCAUUACUGGACGCAGAUGAUCCUGUGUCACAGCUCCACAAAUGUGCAUUUUACCUUAAGGAUACAGAAAGAAUGUACUUGUGCCUUUCUCAAGAAAGAAUAAUCCAGUUUCAGGCCACUCCAUGCCCAAAAGAACCAAAUAAAGAGAUGAUAAAUGAUGGAGCUUCCUGGACAAUCAUUAGUACAGAUAAGGCAGAGUAUACCUUUUACGAGGGAAUGGGCCCUGUCCUUGCCCCUGUCACACCUGUGCCUGUCGUAGAGAGUCUUCAGCUGAACGGUGGAGGGGACGUCGCAAUGCUUGAACUCACAGGACAGAAUUUCACUCCCAAUUUACGGGUGUGGUUUGGGGAUGUAGAAGCGGAAACGAUGUACAGGUGUGGAGAGAGUAUGCUCUGUGUUGUCCCAGACAUUUCUGCAUUCCGAGAAGGUUGGAGAUGGGUCCGGCAGCCAGUCCAGGUUCCAGUAACUUUGGUCCGAAAUGAUGGAAUCAUUUAUUCCACCAGCCUUACCUUUACCUACACACCAGAACCAGGGCCUCGGCCACACUGCAGUGCAGCGGGAGCAAUCCUUCGAGCCAAUUCAAGCCAAGUGCCCCCUAAUGAAUCAAACACAAACAGCGAGGGAAGUUACACAAGCGUCAGCACAAAUUCAACCAAUGUCACAUCAUCUACAGCAACAGUGGUGUCCUAA